CCUGCCCCGCAGUGACGUCACGACGUAGCACUCUUGCACCGCGGUGAAGACGUCCUGACCUAGCCCAGAACCCGCCACGCAAUGACGUCACCGCGCGGCCAACUUGCCCCACUGUGUUGUCGCUCAAAUCCGCAGGCAGUGUUUUGUUCCCGAACCCGGCCCACAGCCGACCUGGCCCGCAGUGACGUCAGAUGGCAAAACACUUGCCCCGCAGUGACGUCGUCCUAACCCAGUCCAAAACCUGCCCCGCAGUGACGUACCGCGCGGCCAACUUGCCCCACAGAGUUCUCGCUCAAACCCGCUGGCUACGUUCGUUCCUGACCAUGGCCCGCAGUGACGUCAGCGCGCUGUUCACUUGCUCCGCAGUGAUGUCGUCCUGCCCCGUUCCCGAAAUUGCAGCCGAACUGCCCCGCAGUGCUGUCACUCAGACAGCGCAGGCGCCCAGCACGUUCCUAGCUUGGGCCCGCCCUCCGCGUGACGUCAGAGCGACGCGGCCCCGCUGCUGCGUCCAAAUCCGCGUCUUUCUCCCGCUGUCCAAGCGCAUGCACACGUCAUGGGCCACACUGACCGCGGUCCAGCUCUGUCCCAAGGGAAGUCGGUGGGGAAGGGGGAAUAUCACGGUCAGAUAAUGAUCUGCCCCUCAGUGACGUAUCAAUAUUGCCCUUCCGCCCCGCACUUGCGUCAGCGCGUAGUUCGCCCUCCACACUCUGAUGUCAGCACGUGAGCCAUCCGCCCGAACGCGAACCAGUCGCCGUUCCCGAAGCGUCGGCGAGCCGCCUGAGGGAAACCAUAGGAGAGAUGGGCCACACGCUCUUAUUGCCGGUGCAAGUGCACGCUGUGAGCCGCGACUGUGGUGUGAGGGCGGAGGUAGAGCGCUGCUACCCUCCCCUCUGCUCUCAGCUGAUCGGGUGGCGGCCGUUCGCACAACAAACCCUGCGUCACUUCCGGUACGCCUCUUGCCCCGCACUGACGCUGCGACGGGCGCCGCCUCUCCCGGUUGCCCCGCAAUUGUGACAUGGAUAUUGUUUACUUGGAUUUUCAUGAGACCUUUGAUAAUGUGCUGCAAAUGAGGCUGCUUAACAAGAUGAGGGCCUGUGAUAUUACAGGCUCAUGGAAAGAAUUGGGAAUAAAGGGAGCCUUUGUUGGUUGGCUGCCGGUGACUAGUGGUGUUCCGCAAAGAUGGAGCAGAGGUUCUCAACAAAGCGGGCCCUCCCGGUCUCAUCCAAGUAGAGGAGGCUGCAUCAGGGUACUAGGCACAGUAGAAGACCCCAACAGAUUUGCAGCAUCUGCAGAAUUCCUGUUGUUUGCUACUGUGACUGAUGGGAUCCUGCUGACCCUGGGGGCUGGACAGAGAAACCCCACCCACCCCGACACAGUGAUGAUGGUGUGUCUGCUGACUGUGAAGGAAUCCCAGCUGAGGCUCGUCUGCUUCGCAGUCCGUAUGUCCAGACAGUCGAUGAUCCACUGCUCUCCGAAAUACGGUACCACACACCAAUCGCAGACCCAUCCCCACCGGUACCGUACCCCGGUGUUGUACAGUGACAGACCCGUCCCCACUGGUACCGUACCCCGGUUACACAGACAGACCCGUCCCCACCGGUACCGUACCCCGGUGUUGUACAGUGACAGACCCCUCCCCACCGGUACCGUACCCCGGUGUUACACAGCGACAGACCCGUCCCCACCGGUACCGUACCCCGGUGUUACAGUGACAGACCCGUCCCCACCGGUACCGUACCCCGGUGUUACACAGUGACAGACCCGUCCCCACCGGUACCGUACCCCGGUGUUACACAGUGACAGACCCGUCCCCACCGGUACCGUACCCCGGUGUUACACAGUGACAGACCCCUCCCCACCGGU